AUGGGCAAGAAAAGAAAGGCGGGCGGUCGCCCUGCGCAGAAAGACGAUAUUCCAAUGCGCACAAAGUACAGCAUUGAGGAGCGAUUUGAGGACUCGGAAGAUGAGUUCCAGGCCAACCGUGACCAGAUUCUGUUGGAGGAAGCCCCAGAAGCCAAGCGCCGCCGCAGAGUUGCAGAGGAUGAGGAACUACUCCAGCCCUCUGAUGAGGAGAUUCUAGGCUACGAGUCCGUGGACGAGGAUGAAGAUGAUCUCGAAGAGGAUGAGGACCUCGACGACGACGAUGACGAUAUGGGUCUGUCAAAGAAGUCUCGCGGCACCGGUUCUGACGAGGAGGAAGAGGGCAUUGCUGCGUGGGGCUCGUCCAAGAAGGAUCUCUACAACGCCGACCAGAUUGAGACCGAGGCAGAUGCUUUGGAGGAAGAGCAGGAAGCCAAGAGACUCCAGCAAAAGCAGCUACAGGCCAUGAAUGAGGCUGACUUCGGCUUUGACGAGUCUGAGUGGAUGGAGACUGGCAAGGAUGCGGAGGAUGACGCAGAGGACACUGGCGUGGUUACCGAAGUUCUUCCCCAGUUGGAAGUCACCGAGGACAUGGACGAUGAUGAGAAGCGAAAGAUUUUGAGCUCAAGAUACCCCGAGUUCGAACCAUUGGCCAAAGAGUUCGCCAGCCUUCAAUCUAUCUACAAGGAUCUGCAACAGGCAGCCUCGAAGGCCACUUCAACACCCCGUGAAGAUUCCGAUGAUCCCCAACCAGCACCCGUGGCUGUGGUGAAGCUCCGCGCUCUAUCAACCUAUCUUGGUACAAUUAGUUUGUAUUUUAUGCUCCUCGCUUCUUCCCCCGAAGGGUCCGAUGCACGCGUGCCAUUGUCUACCGCCGAACUCCGCCAACAUCCUGUAAUGGGUUCAUUGGUCAAGUUCCGAAAGCUGUGGGAGAUGGUCAAGGACCUCGAGAUUUUGGAGGCGGUUGAGGUUACCCAGAAGCCUGUUAAGGUCGCUUCAUCCAAGUUGAUCCAGGUCGAGAAGCAACCGAACAAGACCAAGGAAGUUAAGGAAGUGCCACAAAAGAAGAAGCUGAGCAGGGCAGAGCGGGCAGCCGAGACUGCACGAGCUGAAGCCGAGGCUCGUCGUGCAGAGCGUCUCCGCCAGACUGAGGCUGGCCUGGCCGACCUCGACGACCUGGUCACGCUACCUACUCAGAAGCGCAAGACGAAGAAGUCCAAGAAGUCUAAGGACGACGAUGAGUCAGACUUCGGCGACGAGAAUGCCUUGACAACCCGUGAGGCUGAAGAGAAGGCCAAGCAGAAACGCUCGCUCCGCUUCUACACCUCCCAACUUGCCCAGAAGGCCAACAAGCGCCAGGCUGCUGGUCAAAAUGCCGGUGGUGACGCCGAUAUCCCUUACCGUGAACGUCUCAAGGACCGCCAAGCCCGUCUUAAUGCCGAAGCCGAGAAACGCGGACGUCAAGGACCGGACAUUGGUGAAGAGCUGGGCGGCGAUAGUGACGAAGAGGACCGCCGGGUCCGUAAGGAACUUCGCAGCGGAGGCAACGAAUCCGGUACCGACGAGGAUGAGUAUUACGACAUGGUCGCUGCUCGCUCCAAGCAGCGCAAGGACGAGAAGAAGGCCCGUGCCGACGCAUACGCCGCCGCUGCAAGCGAAGGCGGACACGUCGAGAUCCAGGAGGAGAUUCGACCUGACGGCAAGCGUGCCAUCACAUACCAGAUCGAGAAGAACAAGGGUCUCACGCCGAAGCGCAACAAGGAUGCGCGCAACCCGCGUGUCAAGAAGCGCAAGAAGUAUGAGGAGAAGAAGAAGAAGCUCGGCAGUAUUCGCCAGGUCUAUAAGGGUGGCGAGGCUCGUGGUGGCUAUGGUGGUGAGCUUACGGGUAUUAAGAAGAAUCUUGUUAAGAGUGUUAAGUUCUAA